CUUUGGGCUGGAGCCCCAGGGCCUAGUCUCUACAGAUUCCCCUGCAGCCUAGGCCAGGCUUUGCUUCUUCUCUACUUCCUGGGAACCAACUACCUCUCCACACGAGGAAGCAGGGCACCCAGCCUCUGCUCUGGCAGCAAGGUUUGGGUCUCUGAGUGCAGAUUCAGAAGGCCCCUGAACCUCGUGAAGCUGCUGUGUUUAGAGAGCUCCAGCCUUUCACGGCAGCUUGGAGGAAAUGGAAGAUUGCUCCAGCUACUCUGUGCUCUGCCAUCUCACCUCCCUGUUCCUCCUCAUCCAACCACUCACUCAGGGGUCUGCAGAGUUUUUCGUCAUUGGCCCCUCAGAACCCAUUGUGGCAGUGCUUGGUGGGGAUAUCACACUGCCCUGUCGUGUGAACCCGGCCAUGAAUCUGGAGAACAUGGAGCUCCGGUGGUUCCGCUCUAAGUUCUCUGAAGCUGUGUUCAUCUAUAAAAAUGGCUGGAAGCAGGAGGACGAGCUGAUGGCCCAGUAUGCAGGGCGGACCUCUCUGGAGAGGGAGCUCCUCACCCAGGGGGAGGCUGCCGUGCGCAUCCAGAAGAUUCAGGCUACAGACGACGGGCUCUAUUCCUGCUUCUUCAGAAAGGGAGACUUCUAUGAAGAGGCCAGUUUGGAGCUGAAGGUGGUAGGUGUGGGCUCUGCCCCUCAAGUGCGCAUCACGGGGCCUGAGGAGGAUGGGGUUCAAGUGGCGUGCACGGCCUCAGGGUGGUUCCCGAAGCCCCAGGUGCAGUGGAGAGACCUCAGUGGAGAGAAGUUCCUGGUGUUCUCUGAGGCCCACGCCCAAGACGCUGAAGGGCUGUUCAGCGUGGAGGCUGCUCUUGUGGUGAAAGACCGUUCUGUGGGCAGUGUGAUCUGCUCUGUGCUCAAUCCCAUCCUGGGCCAGGAGAAGGUGAUGGACAUUUUCAUCCCAGAACCCUUUUUUCCCCAGUCCUCUCCGUGGAAACCAGCUUUCUUGGUGAGCCUGACCGUGCUGGGGCUCCUACUCCUUGGUGCUGGCUAUUACACCCAGAGAGGACAUUCUGCAAAGCAGAAGGAGCUGCAAGAACAGAAGGCUCUGUGCCAGGCUAAGGAGAAGGACAGGAAGGCAAAGGAGGAGGCGCUAGAGGCCAGAGAUAAACUCCAAGCAGAACUCGACUGGAGGAAGACAGUUUACCUGGCUGCCUGGAGGAAGGCCCAGCUAUAUGCAGAUUGGCGGCAGGAGAAGUUCCAGGCCUGUGAGUGACUAUGUGCUUUCUGGGUGUUCG